UCAGUGGAGCAGCGCUCACCUCGGCACAUGCAGAGCGCACAUGCGGUGUAGCUUCUCUGCAGUAGUUCGUCCAAUGAGAACGCGAGAUACGAUAAAAGCGCUAGAAAAAGAAACGGUGCCCGGCACGCAUAGAAUGCGCGAUAACCCCCCCACUACCACCACCCCCCAUGAACAGUGAAGGGGACAGGACUGCAAGUCACAUUACACGGUCACCUGAAAACGUGUUUGAUGUUUGAAGGUAGGAGGAGGGCGUGCAUUAGUGGGUGUGCAAAUACGCCUCUACCUUGACAGCUCUGCAGGAGAUCUGUCUGGCCGUGAACUGUCGGAAUUUCUGAAAACAGCUUGUUCUCUAGUUGUACAUCACGUCGCUGAGCCAAGACGCUCAUCACUGGUCAAGAAAUAAGAGAGGAGAUUCGUACCGCCGCAGAGCAGGAAACCCGAAGUAGUGCGAGCAGUGAACACGAUCAAUAUCACUGUUUCAAAGAAGCGCAUAUUUCCGACGGGUUCAUACGCGCAUCCCGUGCCCAGCGUACGCACUUCCUUCUCCGUAACAUUGGGAAAGCUGGUUUCCAGGUCUUUCAUGACUCUUAAACCUGUAUCGACACGAGUUCCCCUCCUGUCUACUGAUAUAAAGAGAAGACUAAGGGCAAAUCAUAUAUAAACCGUUUAAUAAAGCAUUCCACCACAAGAAAGAUGGACAACAGCCCUGGGGGUGUGAUUCUGUACGCCAGGUCUACAGGCAGUGCCAGUCCCAGCCCCGGCAGCCCAUCCAGCGGGUACCAGACCCAGUCCCCCUCCUCCCAGUCCCAGCCCUCGUCCCCGGAGGAAGUCUCUUUCACCGAGAUUGGGGUGCUGAAGCACAGGGGCGGCUACGAGGGCACCCCUCCUUCGCCCGAAAUGGUCUUCCAGUUCCCCGACGUCACGCACCCCCCCGCGGCAGCCCCCGCCUCAGCCCCCGUGGUCACCCAUGACAACCACCCAGUCACAAGCAAGAGGUCCGCUGGGUUCACAGGCACUUUCACCAAGACCGGUGGUAUGGUGUUGCUGUGUAAAGUUUGCGGGGACAUCGCGUCCGGGUUCCACUAUGGCGUACACGCCUGUGAGGGCUGCAAGGGCUUCUUCCGCCGCAGCAUCCAGCAGAACAUCAACUACAAGAUGUGCGUGAAGAAGGAGAACUGCCUGAUCAUGCGCAUGAACCGCAACCGCUGCCAGCACUGCCGCUUCAAGAAGUGCCUCUCCGUGGGCAUGUCCCGAGACGCGGUGAGGUUUGGGCGAAUCCCGAAACGCGAGAAGCAGAGGCUGCUGGACGAGAUGCAGAACUACAUGAACAGCCUGAACGAGUCCGCCUCCAUGGACAUGGACUCCGCCCCGCCCCCCGAGGCCCCGGCCAGCCCGGAGGACAGCCAAUCAGAGGCGGCCAUUGGGGCCAUCUCCCGGGCCUACCACGACAUCUUUGUGAACGGCCAGGACCGGCUUGGGAAAAAAUGCUACACCAACGGCAACAGCAACCCUCCGUACUACCAGAGCCCCUCCCCCCAGGACUCCGGUUGCCCCCACCCCCCCUCCCAAACCUACCCACCCCAGGGGUACCCCUCCUGCCCCGCCACAGGGUACCGAACCUCCCCCGGUUGUCCCGUCACCCUGCGUGACAGCGACCCUUCAUUCGCCUACGUUGACAACGGGCAUUACAGCCUGUCACCUUCCUCCAAUCAGAGCCAUUCCCGGUCCAGUGUGGACCCUCCCACGCAGACCUAUUCAGCCAAUUACAACAGCUAUCCUGCAGGGGAGUCCCAGAGCCAGACGUCCUGCCCGUGGAGACUGGCUGCAGGCGGCAAAGUCCUGGCGUGCCCCCUGAACACCCAUCCCGUGGCUCCCGCAGACUGCUCCAGUCAGCAGGUGUGGGAGGCCUUCUCGCAGUGCUUCACGCCCGCCGUCCGCGAAGUGGUGGAGUUCGCCAAGGGCAUCCCGGGCUUCCAAAGCCUCAGCCAGCAGGACCAGGUCAUGCUGCUCAAGGCCGGAACAUUCCAGGUGCUGAUGGUGCGGUUCUGCUCGUUGUUCCGCCCUAAGGAGCGGACGGUGACCUUCCUGAACGGGCAGACGUACCCGCUGCCCGUCCUGCGGGCCCUGGGCAUGGGCUCGCUGCUGGACGCCAUGUUUGAGUUCAGCGAGAAGCUGGGGGCUCUGGGCCUGGAGCCCGACGAGAUGGCGCUUUUCAUGGCCGUGGUGCUGGUCUCUGCAGACCGCUCGGGCGUGCUGAACGUGGGGGCGGUGGAGCAGCUGCAGGAGCGCCUAAUCCGGGCCCUGCGCUCCCUCGUCACCCGGCGACGCCCCGAGGACAGCGCCCUCUUCCCCAAGCUGCUCCUGCGCCUGCCGGACCUGCGGACCCUCAACAACCUGCACUCCGACAAGCUGCUGGCCUUCCGCAUCGACCCCUGAGCGGCCCCGCCUCGCGGGCCCCCCUCUCUCCCCCAAUCGCAGUCCUCCGAUCGGCCCGCCCGCUCGGCGAGGCCAGCCAAACCCCUAACCCCCCCCCCACCCCCCCCCCCAGUUCACAGAACUGUAGAAAAAUGGCUUGUGUGACCAGUACAAUUUUCCAUUGAAACGGUGCCAGUGCAGUCUUGAGGCUGAACCCUGGCUUCCUACUGCAAAUGCGGGACCUGAAGUGGCUGUUUCAAAAAAAGCUCUCUCUCUCUCUCCCUGUCUCUCUCUCUCUCUCUCUCUCUGUCUCUCUCUCUCUCUCUCCCACACACUCGCAGAUUAAAUGAAAUAGAGUAAAUAGAAUAAGGCCAGCACAUGUGGAUCGUUUAACCCUUGUGCUCUGUACCUGUGAGACUGUUAGCCUGGGUCAAAUAGACGCAGGAUAUUAUUGGGAUUUUUAAUUUACACAGAAAUAACAAUUACACAAAAAUACACUAUAUAUAUAAUCUUUAUCUAAAUUCCAAAUAAUAUAAAUAAUACAUAUAUGGUUUAUGGUUGCAGUAGAUUAUUGAUAUUUGUUUUGGACUGACAUUCUCAAUUAUUUUUCGUCUUAUAUUCAAGGAAACCAUAUAGGCAUAAAGACAUAAAGCAAAGAGAAAUGCAAAACAAGAAAAAUUUACAGUGGUUUAGUUCCUGGUUAUGAAAUAUCUCUCUACAGUGUUGUUCCUCUUUUAAAAGUUAAAAUUUGACCCAGACCGAACACAAGGGUUAAGGACCACAAAUAACGUGUACGUGUGUGUGUGUGUGUGUGUGAAUGCAUCUAUCUGUGUGUGUGUGUGUGUGUGUGUGCAUGUGAAUGCAUGUAUCUGUAUGUGUGUGUGUGUGUGCGCGUGUGAAUGCAUGUAUCUGUAUCUGUGUGUGUGUGUGUGUGUGUGUAAAUGGAAAGGGAAUUAACUUAUUGUACAUAACAUGUAUAGUUAAAACAUUAAAACAUCAUAAACAUGAGCCGUUUGUAUAUUGCAAUGUUGAAUGAAAGACUAUAGCAAGGGCACAUAGUCGAGUAUGGGAUACUGCAUCAGACUGCUCUGAAAUAACUCCUAAUCUGCUAUUUCAAAUGUUUCAUGGAAGAUUAUAUUUUGUUUCUAUUAGCAAUGAAUUGCAAUUAAAGAUGCAAUCCAAUUAUAUGCAAACUAUUCCUUCACAAGGCCUCCCUGGCCAUAUUUUAGCUAAUCAGGGAGAGCCCAUGUGACCUUUUGUCUCAUGCAUGUUAAGAUUUUGUUUGUUUGUUCAUUCUGGUUUGAUCUCGGAUUUUGUAAAUACUGUAUCACGGUUGCUUGCUCCACAAUCGAUUCUGAUGGUUUUCAUUUUGAAUGGCAGGCCAGAACCCAAGGGGAAGAACUUGGGGUCCAGUUUUAAGGCACAGUGUGUAUAUUGUAGGGUGAUGGAGAGGGCUCCAGGGGGAAUUGGGUUACAGUUUCACUGGCAAAGAGAAUAAAACACAACUCUUGUGACACAACCUGUCUAUGUAAACCUUAGUAAGCCCAGCACCCACCCCUCGGCCCCAAAACCUGCCUUUUCAGGACCCAAACCACAAAUCAGACUUGUUUGUUGUUAAAGGUUCUUAGAUUGUUGUUGAUUCAUCACGUUGUACUGUAUAUAUUGUAGAAACAAAAUGAAUGCUAAUGUCUUCUUGAUCUUGAUCUUCUUCCAUAGAAAAACUAAAGAUGAGAUUAUAUACUGA